AUGAAUUUUAUUUCUUGGUUACGUAACGAUGAAGAGACAAUCAAAAACAAUAGUGGAUGGCUUUUCACCAAAUCUGCUGCAACUCUUUUCUCAAGUAUUGACGAUUUGUGUUCUUUACAUGAUAAUGAAGGGAAUAGAACAAUUACAGCACCUUCAAAAUGGAAUGUUUUUUGCAAUUUAAUUAAAGAAAUUACUGACAAAUUGAAGACCGAAAAUUCUGAUUCGCCUUUGCUUGUACUUGUCUCUAAUGAGUCCUUGUCACGUCAAUUGAUUGAUUUGGUAAAAUUUGGACAACGCCAUUACAUUUGGACUCUAAUUAGACGAUUUAUGGCACCUUCGCGUCGUGACAGUUUUUCAAUGGCGCCUCCUAUUGAACCUCUUUGGAAUCCAGCAAAUAUAGCAUGUUAUGAUGAACAAAUAUUUGAAAAAGACAGGCAAGAACUUCGGGCAGAUUUGCGUUUUGCCCAGAAAGAGGAAACUAAAAAGUCUAGAAAACGGGGAAAAUUGGUUGAUGUUCCUACUGAACCUUUAAAACAAACUAGACUUGAUUGUUUUGGUAUUGCUCCACUCGCUCCUAAAACUUCACAUAAAUAUGGAAAUGGUCAGAGUGUUUCAAAGAAUCAAAAACGUAGUCCAAUGAUGAAUAUUAAAUUGCCAUUAAUUCGAGAAGUCGUCCCUGAGGGAAUGUUACCUGAAGAUCCAUUUACUUCAUUUUAUGAACACGAAAAAGAUGAAAAAUCGAAGGAAGAAAAAGGGGAGGUUGGACAACAGAAAAAUUCACAAAACUCUAUUAUUUGCCUAGAAGAGGAUGAAGAAUGUCCAUCUACUUCACAUUAUUCCCCGCCACUCCCGCCAACUCCUGAAGAUCCGCAUAGAUCUAGUAGAUUACCUCUACGACGAUUUCAAAAUGAUGAUAAUUUUGAACAGCCACAAAAUGAUGCUGAUUGGAAAAUAAAACAAUUAGACCCUCCUUUGGAUAAAUCAAUUGCUUCAAUUCAUAUUAUUGAUGAAUUUAAUAAAACCCAAGAAGAACAAAAUUUGGCAGAAAAUAAAAAGGAUGACCAAAAUGAACAAACAAAAAUACAAAAUAACCAAAUAAAUCAACAAAAUUCAAUGCUCAUAUUUUUAGAAGUUGGAAGUAGAUAUCAAUUAUUAAAUUGUUUAGAAACAUUAAAACCUUUAUAUAUAAUUAUGUAUAGUCAAGAUAUGGCUGCUACACGGGCUAUUGAGACCUUUAAAUGUCUUAAUGAAGAUCAUCCACUUGAAUUAUAUGUGCUAAUGUAUGAGGAUAGUUAUGAAGAAGAACGUUAUCUUUCUUCUUUACAACGCGAAAAUGAAGCAAUAGAAACACUUAUAAAGGAACAAUCUGUUAUAGUCGAUCUUCGUGAAUUCAACAGUGAAUUACCUACAGUUUUAUAUAGACGUGGAAUUGAUUUAAUGGCAGCAAUGCUUGAAGUUGGUGAUUAUAUUUUAUCUCCUGACAUUUGUUGUGAAAGAAAAUCUCCUGAUGAUUUAACUCAAUCAUUGCUUAGUGGACGUAUUUUCAAACAAGUCGAGCAGAUGAAGAAAUGUUACAAAUAUUAUAUUCUUUUGAUUGAAUCUGCUGAAAAAUAUAGGAAUAAAAAUAAUCCUUUUCAGGGUGAAAUGAGUAGAUAUAGCCGAAAUGUCCGUUCAUUAUUUGCAAUACUAAUACGUGAGUAUCCAAACCUACAAGUUCUUUGGAGUGUUUCGCCUUCACACAGUGCUGAACUUUUUGAAGAAUUGAAGGUUCAUUUUAUUCUUUUUUUUCUAUAA